UCGUAUUAUUAUUUUUUCGAACCCGGUGUUCUAUAAAUCUAUACAUAACCUCAUUUACGUAAUUUCAAGGGCAUUUAGUGUGUGUUAUAUUCAAAUUUUGUCAAGUAUUUCAAAAUUUUAAGACGCAAAAUUAUUCAUUUUAUUUGAAUGAUUUGCGUUUUUGUAAUUUAAUUAUAUUUGUAAAAAGUUUACUUUAUAAAAAAACAACAGUCAUGUCUAGUCGUUUGACUUCCGAUAUAAUUGGUACAAUUCGUGGUGCCAAAUUGGUGGUUGAUGCAAUUUUAAAACAACAAGAAAAAUGUGUAAAACAUUCGCUCAAAAAUUCCAGUGUCGUAUCAGCAGCUGAAGAAAAUGUCAAGAAUUUAAAACAGAAAUUAAGUAAAAUUGAUCCAAGUAAGGUUCCAGAAUCAAUCGCCAAGGAAACUAAAGAACUUCUAGAACGUAUUCUCGUGGUUGAAAAAGGUUUUGUUCAAUAUUCAAAAAUAAAAAGUACAGAGGCUCUAGGUGGAACAAUGAAAUAUGAAUCAAAUUUCACAGGCAAGAAAUUAGAAUUCUUUGAUCCUGCCAAAGAUCCAAGGGAAGUACCUCUUGAUAAAAAUAAAGUCGAAGAAAAUGUUAAAAAUUUUACUAAAUCAAAUGAAAAAGAGAGUGAUGCUUUAAAAGAGCCGAAAAAAUAUUCAAGUGUCAAGGAGAAAAUAGAGAAAAUAUCAAAUUUAAAUAAUGAAAUACCAAAUAUUGAACUCUCGGAUAAAGAGAAAAAAAUUUUAAGAAAACUAGAACUUGAACAUGAGAAGAAAAUUCAACAGCUAAAUCCUAAUGAUAAUGUAACAAAUGAACAAAAAAAGAAAAUUAGUAAUGAUAAUCAAAUGAUGAAAGAUGAACAAAAAACAACAAAUCCACAGAAAAUUUUUGAUACUAAUGAAAAUAAUACAAUAAAGCCAAAAAUUAAACCAUCAAUAAAACCUAAGCAAACUCUUUCGGCAACUUCCAAAGAACGAAAAGUUCCAUCAACACGAUUACAAAGAAUGGUGAGUUUUGGCACUCUUGGUGUGGGUCUUGGAGUUGGAACUUUAGCCGAAUAUACACGGAGAACAUUAAAAAUUAAGGACCAAAGUAUUGGAGAUACUCUCGAUACUAUGUUUCUAACUAAAGCAAAUGCUGAAAGAAUUGUAUCAACAUUAUGCAAAGUUAGAGGUGCCGCCUUGAAAAUUGGACAAAUUCUUAGUAUCCAGGAUAAUACUAUCAUUAGUCCAGAAUUGCAAAAGGCUUUUGAACGCGUAAGGCAAAGUGCUGAUUUUAUGCCUAAAUGGCAAGUGGAGAAAGUAUUGUCCAGUGAAUUGGGCCCUGACUGGAGAAGUAAAUUGUCCACAUUUGAGGAUAAACCUUUUGCCGCUGCCUCAAUUGGUCAAGUUCAUCAUGCAACUCUGUUGAAUAAUCAACCAGUGGCUAUAAAAAUUCAAUAUCCUGGAGUCGCACUGGGAAUUUCAAGUGACAUUGAAAAUUUAGUUGGUGUAAUGAAGGUAUGGAAUAUGUUUCCUCAAGGUAUGUUCAUAGACAAUAUAGUGGAAGUAGCAAAACGAGAACUUGCCUGGGAAGUUGAUUAUAUUCGAGAAGCUGAAUGUGCAAGGAAAUAUAAAAAAUUUGUAGAACCUUAUUCUGAAUAUUAUGUUCCUGCUGUUAUAGAUGAACUUAGUACAAAGCAAAUUUUUACAAGUGAAUUAAUAGACGGAAUUCCAGUUGAUAAAUGCGCAGAAAUGGAUGAAGAAACACGAAAACAUAUUUGUAGAUUAAUUAUGGAACUUUGUUUAAAAGAACUUUUUGUAUUUCGAUAUAUGCAAACUGAUCCAAAUUGGUCAAAUUUCUUUUACAAUACAGAAACAAAACAAUUGAUUCUUCUUGAUUUUGGAGCAUGUAGAAGUUAUGAGAAACCAUUUAUGGAUAAAUACAUAGAAGUAAUUAAUGGAGCAAGUGAAGGAGAUAGACAAAAAGUUUUAAAUCUUUCUCGUGAAAUGGGAUUUUUGACGGGAUAUGAAUCGAAGAUUAUGGAAGAAGCUCACGUAGAUGCUGUGAUGAUUCUUGGCCAAGUUUUUGACAAAGAGCAUGAAUAUUUUGAUUUUGGAGGUCAAGAAGUAACUAAAAGAAUACAAAAGCUUGUUCCCACAAUAGUUAAUCACCGUCUUUGUCCACCGCCAGAAGAAAUUUACAGCCUUCAUAGAAAAUUAUCUGGCGUCUUUUUACUUUGUGCGAAAUUAAAUGUCAAGAUUAAUUGUCGCGAUAUGUUCCGCAGAAUUUAUUCAAAUUAUAAAUUUGGAUAAUGAACACGGUAUUUAGAGAAUUGAGUACAUCAAACGGUGCCUUUGAUCUCCUAUAUUAAAAACAAAGUGUAAGUAAAAUUAUUUUGUUACUAAUUAACUUUUAAUCAGUGAUACUUAGAAGAAAGAUUUUUAUUAUUUUGGAAAAUAUUGUAAAAAUACUCUAAGGAGAAAGUGUUUUUUUUUUUAAGAAGAAUGUUGAUGGUCAGUGUUGAUGACUUUGUUAUUAGUUGACAAACGAAAAUUGUCGACAAUAUUUUGAUUUACUAUUUUGUAGAAUUUUAUAACUCGAUGGAGUGUUUUGGAUAAUUUUUUUUUGUACUGACAAUGUAUAUAUAUAUAAACAGUAACGAAAGAAAAUUUA